AUGUCUAACUUGACAGCGGUUCGAGUUCACGGAAAUUCGAAAGAUUCACCAGCAAAAAUUGUUUUUACUGGUAAAGUGAUACUUCAAGGAAAAAGAAAUUGUAUCAAUAAGGCUCAAAAAUUUGUGGAAGUGGUCGUUUUUCGAAUGUCUAUUCCACGAUGAUGAUCGUUCCGGAGGAAAUGCGCGUCGCCAUUAAGAAUGUGUGGUAAGGGAAGCAUGGAAAUAACGGUUAAAAGGGCAAAAUUGAAAUAUUUCAUAUAAAAACAAGUGCAGCUACGAUACCCCGAAAAAGUAGAAUUGAAAAAUAUAUAAUGUCUGUUUUGAAUAUUUAAAGUUUUUUUCAAGCUCGCGGUGCCUAUUUUGCGACUUUUACGAGUAAAAUUAAAAACUUUAGGUCAACCACCGAAGAUGCGCGGAUGCAAACGGAAGAUUGCGCAGAAGUUCAAAUAUUAUCAAAGCUUUACCAUCCGGCCAUCGCCAAUUUGUUGUAUUACUUCACACGUGACGGCGAUACGGAGGUUUUUCAGAAGUUGAAGCGCUUUGAAUAUUCCAUUUAUAGUCCCAAAAGUUGCAUUGUCUCGUUUUGGACUUUAUGCCAGCGGAUAUGGCGAAACUACGCGAAAGUGGCGUCAAAUUUGAUGUUCUCGAUGCGAAAGUAAAUAUUUUUCCCGAGAAAUCUUGGAAGGGAAAUAACACAGAAGACUAAAACGAAAAUCUUUCCAGGUGUAUUCAUACCAACUUUUUUCCGCUAUUGCUUAUCUUAGUUCGAAAAAUGUGGUUCAUAUGGACGUCAAGCCGAAUAAUAUCGUUAUAAACCACGAGGUAUGAAGAGAAAGAAGGGCUUUGUCUUAAAAUUAGAUUUUAUAGACUGGAUUGUUGAAACUUGCCGAUUUCGGAAAUGCCAGGCGGUUAGAUUCUGAAGAGAGACGAGGUCCAAGUUAUCAAGUAAAUUUUGAACAUUUUCAAAUGAUAAAGGUAAAAAAAAAUAGUUCAGGUAACCCGGUUUUAUCGUCCGCCGGAGUUACUUUUUGGAUGUGAGCAUUUCACUUGCGCAAUCGGUAAGAUUCUUGCAAAAAUCUUCAAGUAGAACCUUCAAAAACUUCAGACGUCUGGUCAGUGGCUUGCGUUUCGUUCGAAUUUAUCGCUAAUAGCACGCUUUUCAAGGCUCGUUCUACGGCGGAUCAGGUACAAUUUUGUCUGUAGUAAAAGACAAGGUUUUGACAAAUAGUUCUCAUAAAGAUAUUAAUAGGCUGGAAAACGAAAUUAGAAGAAAAAAAGAAUCGCAGAAAAGUCUUACCCAAAAACACCCGAGUCUCAAUGAUAACAAUAUUAUUAUAAAUUUUUGUAUAAGAAGAAUUUGUAAAGAAAACAGCGAUUAAGUUUAUCAUUUUGAAUCUUUUUUGAGAAUAGACACACCAAUUUUCUCAUUUUCUGCAUUUUUAAUAGAAUUGAAGAGUUUUUGAAACUCUAGAUACCCAAAAAUGAAUCCAUAGGAAAGCUCCAGUUUUUCUUUUUAGCGACAAGGUUUUUUUUUUAGAACGCUCUGAUUCCAUCGAUAAAUAAUAUAGUAGAAAUAGGAUCAGUAAAUAAUAUUUGGAGAAAAAAACACAGAUCUCCCUGCUGAUUGACGUAUUCGGCUACCCCAGCGAUGAUGACAUCAAAGGAAUGAAGAUACGACGGCCUCGAGUAGGGCGGAAAAAGGCGAGAACCAUUGAGAAGGCUAGUGAAAAACCUUCAUUUCCCGGUGAUAACCGCAGGUUUUCAGUUCACCAGCAACAUCUUGGACUCGGUAAUGUACGAAAUGCUGAACAAGACGUUAGUGUACAAUCCGACGAAAAGAUUGUCGGCUGACGAAGUUUUGGCCUUGCCGUUUUACGACGCAGUCAGAAUGGUUUUCAUUAAAAUAAAAAAGGUAUUUUCUGAAUCUUUUUUCAGAGACCACCUCUCAAACGAAGCAACGGCGGCUCGGUUCCAGAAAUUAUUGUUACGGUAUGUUUCAGAAAGGGGUCCUUGAAAAUGAAGUUUCUUAUUUCCUGCAAGUCUGACCUGUUUGUGUCUUCUUUUCUUUCACACGCGCGCUUUUAGCAAAAUGAAAACUUGAUUUAGUGAAGACCUCAAGAUAGGUUAGAUCUUUCCUGACUCGAAAAAAAAACUUGAGAAGGUGAAAUUUCAAUUUAAUCACCCGCAUCUCCAGCGCCAGUAAGGCAAACGAAUAAAGGAGUUUUUGCUACCGUAUCAUUAUUUCAAGUUUUUUUAAUCAAAAAAAUAUACUUUGUAUUCCCUUCAAAUCGAGCGGUUCCUAGCUUUUCUCUGGAGCUAACAAAAUUUUCGAGUCAAAAUUUUUGAAUUUGUCUUGUAUUGAAAAGAAAAUUCAACACAAGCUUUUCAGUACCUGCAGAAAAAGUUGGCCGAAAGGCUCGGCAACAGUCGAGAAGCCCAUUGA